AUGCGUUUCUCAACCGUCCUCGUCGCUGCUGCGGCGACCCUCGCCGUCGCCAGCACCGAGGAAUCCGCCCCUUUCCUCGCCCUUCGAGACGCCCGAGAUCUCGAGGAGAGAGACGACGCCGACCAGUUCGUGGACGAGAGAGAUCUCGAUGACCUUGAGGUGAGGCGAGCCGGUGCCAAAGGUGCUCCCCCAAGGUCAGGUGGUGGCAACCGCGGCAAGCGUGACGUCGGCUACCUUCAGCUGAGGCGAGAACAUGGUGGCAAAGGUUCUCGCCCAAGGCCAGUUAGUGGUAGCCGCGGUAAGCGUGAUGUCGGCUACCUUCAGGUGAGGCGAGGAAGUGGAAGACCUGGUAUUCCCCCAAAGCAUGUUGGCGGCAACCGUGGUAAGCGUGGUGUCGGCUACCUUCAGGUGAGGCGAGGAAGUGGAAGACCUGGCAUUCCCCCAAAGCAUUUUGGUGGCAACCGCGGCAAGCGUGACAUCCAUGACUUUGAUCUCCAAGUCAGGGCCAAUGGAGGAAGAGGUGCUGCUCGAGGUGCUGCAUCCGGUGCCGGAGCAGCGUCAUCUGGUGCCAGUGCAAAAUCGUCCAAUGCCGCAGCAAAGUCCCCCAAAGCUGGAGCAAAGGCAUCCGGUGCCGGAGCAAAGUCGUCCGGUGCUGCCGGCCGCGGUGGAAGAUACUAA